AUGUCCUGGAGAGGAAAACUUUCAAAGAACGUUCAUCAAUUGAUGUUCUACUUUUGUCCGAAGAAUGGUCAAAGCCAGGGAGUGAGAGAUUUCUUACAAACCAACUACUCUGAUAUUAAAGCAUUGAACCCAUAUACAGGCUUGCUGAUCAGAGAAACUCCUGAUAUUGAAGAGCCUUUUGUGAUGGUGGAACGUCAUUACGGAGUGAGAGAGAAAAAAGAUGUAAAGAAUUUAACUGCUUCGGAUAUUGAAAAUUUAAUUAAAGAAGUAACAUUAGAACCCGAAAGGCCAAGAGAUACAAGACCUCUCCAUGAGCGAGUGAGAGACAUUUUACCUGAAGAAUAUCUUCGUUUCAAUCCAGAAAUGCCAUAUAGAUUUUAA